ACUGCCCUCCCCACUGCCCCUGCUGUAGACAUCGGCUGCAGGCCAAGCUCCCCCAAGGGGCUCUAAAGCAGCGUGGGCCUGGGAUAGGCCGGCUCCGAUGGCUCUGGAUCUUUACCAGACGCCUGCUUGGAAGCUGGAUAAGUUCAUUUUCGACAUGCUGCAGCCCGACUGCACGUUCCUGCGCCAGGCUCGCCAAGCCAUCGACACAGUCUGUGAGUUCCUGAAAACAAACUGCUUCGCCAACCGCCCCCAGCCCUGCAUCAAGGUGCUGAAGGUUGUGAAGGGUGGCUCCUUGGGCAAAGGCACGUCACUGAAAGGCGGUUCCGAUGCUGACCUCGUGGUGUUCCUCAGCUGCUUCAAAGGGUACAGUGAUCAGGAGACAAACCGGGCAGGGAUCAUCAAGGAGAUUGAGAGGAUGCUGGAGAAGUGCCAGCAGCAGAAGCACUUUGAGGUGUCAAUUGAGCAGUCCCAGUGGCCGAACCCCUGUGUGCUCAGCUUCAUGAUGAGUUCCAAGAUGCUCAAUGAAUCCAUAAAGUUUGACGUGCUGCCAGCCUACAACACCCUUUCCUCGGGUGCCAAGCCUGACUCCCAGGUGUACAAGGCGCUGAUCCACAGCUACUCCCAGGGCGAGUUCUCUACCUGCUUCACCGAGCUGCAGUGGGAUUUCGUGGUGGAUCGCCGCACCAAAGUGAAAAGCCUGAUCCGCCUGGUGAAAUACUGGUACAAGCAGCACAUCCAUCCAUACAAAAAGUACCUGGAAGUGGGGGAGUGCCUGCCCCCCCAGUAUGUGCUGGACACGUCUGUCUACGCCUGGGAGCAGGGCAGCAGGGAUCGAGCCUUUGACAUGGUCGAGGGCUUCCAGAUGGUGCUGGAGCUGAUCUGGCAGUACAAGAAGCUCUGUGUCUAUUGGACCAUCAACUACAACUUUGCGGACGAGCUCCUGGAAGGAUUCUUGCACCCAUUAGCUCCAGAUAGACAGAUGAGAACAGUGUCGGAUGCCCCCCAGGAGGCGGGGCAGUGGGGGAAGGCAGCCAAUCAGAGCUGCCGGGCGGGGCUGAAAUGGCCCAUCAUCCUGGACCAGGCGGAUCCGACGGGGAUCAUGGGGCAGGGGAGCCGCUGGGACCUGGUGGCACAGGAAGCCGAGCGCUGCUGUGCCCAGCGAUGCUGCAUGGGCCUCUACGGCAAUGCUGUGCAGCCCUGGGACGUGCCGCCUGAGCAAACCCUCGAAGGGAGCAGGGGCUUUGAGAUCUACACCGGAGCGCAAGAACAUCCGGACUCAGCACCUUGGCCUGGGCCAGCCUACACCAGCACCUGCACCAAUAACCAAGCCAUGGCCAUCCAGCAGCCAUCCUUCUGCACCAUCCUCGCAGCCCCUGUUAUUCGCCUCCUCAUGGGGCUCUACCAGACGCCAGCUGAGGAACUCGAUACAUUCAUCAGCAAUGACCUGCAGCCCAACAAAGUUUUCAAGACCCAGAUCAGCAAAGCCAUUCACACAAUCUUCUUAUUUCUGACCCAAAACUGCUUCAGAAACUCUGGCUCUGCAAUGCGGGUGCUGAAGGUGGUUAAGGCCGGCUCGUCAGGGAAGGGCACAGCCCUGAAAGACAUCUCCGAUGUGGACCUCGUUGUGUUUGUCAGCUCGAUUACAGAUUUCUGGGCCCUGAAAGCAGAACGGAAAAAAAUCAUUGCUGAAAUCCAGACAAGGCUGGAGGAAUGCAGAGGGUCCCUGGGAAAAGACCUAGUGCUGAGCAUUAAGAAAACAAAGUGGGAGAACCCCCGUGUGCUUACUUUUACCCUAACAUCUAAUACCAUGGGGGAGCAUAUUGAUUUUGAUGUGCUGCCAGCUUUCGAUGCCCUAGGCCAGCUGUACAGAGGCUAUAAACCCGACCCCCAGGUGUACGUCAGGCUGACGGAGAGCGAAUCCGAAGGGAGCGAGUUCUCCCCCUGCUUCACCGAGUUGCAGAGGAAUUUCGUCAUGGCUCUCCCCACCAAACUGAAGAGUCUGAUCCGCCUGGUGAAACACUGGUACAAACAGUAUGUCCUUCCCCACAAAAAGAAGCUGUGGGGGAAAGAGUCCCUGCCCCCCCAGUACGCGCUGGAGCUCCUGUCUGUCUAUGCCUGGGAGAGAGGGGGCAGGGGUCCAGCCUUCAACAUGGCCGAGGGCUUCCGGACGGUGCUGGAGCUGAUCCGGCUGCACGCCCAGCUCUGUGUCUAUUGGACCAUCAACUACGGCUUUGAGAAUGAAACCCUGGGAUGGUACCUGAAGUCUCAGCUCUGCAAAUCCAGGCCCAUCAUCCUGGACCCGGCGGAUCCGACGGGGAUCGUGGGGCAGGGGAGCCGCUGGGACCUGGUGGCACAGGAAGCCGAGCGCUGCUGUGCCCAGCGAUGCUGCCGGAAGGGCAAUGGAUCCGUGGUUCAGCCCUGGGACGUGCCGUUGCAGCAGACAUGGAGAGCGGCUGAAGGAGGUGAUUUGGUCCUGCAGUCUCAGACUAUGGAUGAAGAAUACCCCAUCACCGAGAACCAGAUGUUUGUGACUGGCAGCCACACUGCAGAGCAGGAAUCCUACUGCACGCUCCUCUGACAGCUGCCUCUCAGCCCCCCACCCUGUCAGGAGCCCUCCCUGGGGCAGGGCGGGCGUUACUGGGGGGGGGUCUCUCCCUGCUCUGCAACUUCCUCCUUUCAGAAAAUGGGCCAGUUGAGGACUAGCCCUGAUGGGACGUGACCAAUCGGCUCGUGCUCUGUGCUCUCCCAGCUCCCUUCCCCCUCCCUGCUCUCUCUGGGGCUUGGCUGCAGUGACAGCCAGAGCCCCCAUCUUGACCCCUGCAUCCCUUCUGCCCCAGUAACAGCAGGCAGCACCCCCCAUGACAGCCCCUUCCAGUAACCCCCCAUCCUGAGUGUGAUGGAAAGAGCUCCCCAGCACAGAGGGAGCCGGGCCCAUAAUAAUUAUCCCCCUUUCUGAGCACCUGGCUCUGUCUCUGGCCAAGGCUAGAUCCCCUGCCUCUGAACCUGGUUAUUGCCUCGGCUGCCUGCCGGGGACUUGGCACCCCCUCCCUGUCCCGCACUGGGUGAGUGGAGCAAGGUCUUCUGGGUGGCACUAGUGCUGCUUCAGCAGGGCCAGGCAUGGAGGGGACAUCAAGGGGUUCAGAGCACGGGGGAUGUGGAUGGCUCAAGAAGGGAACACGGCUCACGUUUGCUCCUUGACACUCUGCACCAAAGGGGUGGGGCACACGGGAGACUGGCAGCUGCCCCCUGCCUCUCUCCCACCAUGCACCCUGGUGCCUCACUUCUCCUUCCCCCCACCUGUGGUGCAGGGGACAAGGGAAGGGGGGAGAAUUGCUCUCACUGGCUCUGUGUGAUGGGCACUGUGAUCUCUGAGUGUUUCCCUUGCCAGCCUCAGGGGAUCGGUUUCUGGGGGUGUCAAUCUGUGAUGUGGUUUCUCCUGCCUGGGGGUAUUUGUCCUACCUGCUGCUUGCCUUUUUGUGGCGUGUUUGAAGGAUGGCUGAUGGGGAGCCACACACCCAAUGGGGCAAAUCCCCCUUGAGUGAAACCCUGGUCUCGCUGGGUUUCUAUUGGCUGGGCAGGAAUGGAAGUGGGAGGGGGUUAGUCUGUCACUGGCCCACAAGAACAUGUUUCUGAGUGUGCUGGGGAAAGUGUUUGCAGGGAGAGUUUAUCCUGGAACGUCCCCUUAGAUGCAGCUGGGAUUUAGUGUCAAACAUGUCAUUUAUUCCCAUGAACCCAGCCGAUCCCCCCCCUGCAAGGAGAGGGAGCUGGGGCCUAGCUUGGGUAUCGUCAACAGAUUGCGAGCUACAGUAAAUGCUCAUUAGCGUCACUUUAUUCCCGUUGAGGGUGGUGAAUACAGCUGUGCAAAAGCUAUACCUUUCUGUGCUUGCACUUUCAAUUUCUUGGGACUGUACAGUCUCAGAGCCAGGUAGCCAUUUGGCUGAGUCAGGGGAGAUGCACACCGUGCUCCCUCCUGGAGGCUUUACCUAUGUCCUUUCUUGUAUUUUUAUUGUUCUCUUAAUCAGAAAUAAAAGUCACUUGAUGGGAAA